ACAUAAUCACAAACAUACUUUGCUUGCGCUGGUGCACCGCGCUUAUAAUUCCGCAUGAUCCAGACGGCGACGGUUAGUUAUAUUAUCUCCAGUUAUACUGUUAAGAGCCACUACAAGUUCACUUACGCGACCGACGUGAGCUGACACACGACGCAAAAUAUUGCGAAUGCAAUUACGUCGCAUCGCCACCCACGGUCAGUAAAGACCGAUAAAGAUCGACGAUUUCUGGACAAUGGGGCCCUUUGAGAUUCUGUGCGGCAUCGCCGCCGUAAUUCUCGCUACUUAUUAUUACUUCACGAAAAAUUUCGACUUCUGGAAGUCACGUGGCAUUCGUGGUCCAGCACCGAUACCAGGAUUUGGCAAUUUCAAAGACGUUAUGUUUAAUAAUAUAUCAUCGGGCGACUAUUUGACAGAACUGUACAACACCUACAAAGAUGAACCAAUGAUUGGAAUAUUCACUAGAACGACACCUCUUCUUAUUGUAAAGGAUCCGGAUUUAAUUAAGGAUAUCCUUAUCAAGGAUUUCACCGUAUUCUCGCACAGAGGACUACCCCUUUCUAAAAAAGCCGAGCCGCUCUCGCAACAUCUUUUCACUUUAGAGCCGAAGAGAUGGCGACCGUUCCGAAUAAAUCUAUCGCCUGUUUUUACAUCCGGCAAAUUAAAGGACAUGUUCUCCUUAAUAUCAGACUGCGCUGACCACCUUGUUCAAUACAUGGAAAACAUAGCGAGCAAGAAUGAACCAGUGGAAUGCCGCGAGUUGACUGCGAAAUAUACGACCGACGUUAUCGGUAGCUGCGCCUUCGGCAUCGAGAUGAACGCUUUGUCGGACGAAGACAGUGAAUUUCGAAAGAUGGGUAGAAAAGUAUUCUCUCCGACUUGGACAAAUCUAUUACGAAUAAGAGCGAGACAAAUGUUUCCGUGGCUUUACGAAAUGCUCGCGUACGCGCAUAUCAUUCCGCAAACAGAAGUCACCAAAUUCUUCACACGCGUCAUCGUGGAGACCAUGGAUUACAGAGAAACGAAUAAAAUCACUAGAAACGACUUCAUUGAUAUGUUACGCGAACUAAAAAAACAUCCAGAAAAAUUGGGUGAUAUUGAAUUGACAGAUACUUUACUAACUGCUCAGGCUUUCGUAUUUUUCCUUGCUGGUUUUGAAACUUCGUCGACGACUAUUAGCAACGCCAUGUACGAGUUGGCAUUAAAUCAGAAAAUGCAAGAUAAACUGCGCGAGGAAAUUGAUGAACUUUAUGCAAAAUGUGGCCAAGACUUAACAUACGACAAUAUAAAAAAAAUGGAUUAUUUAGAUAAAAUCUUCAGAGAAACAUUACGAAAGUAUCCGCCAGUAACAUUUCUUAUGAGACAAGCCAUGUCGAAUUAUACUUUCAAUGGCACUAAAGUUAGUAUACCGAAAGGCCAAAGAGUAUGGAUUCCAAUUUACGCGAUUCAACGAGAUCCGGAUUUUUAUCCAAAGCCAGAUAUCUUCGAUCCAGAAAGAUUUAACGAAGAAGCUGUACAAAGCAGACACCCGAUGGUGUAUCAACCCUUCGGUGACGGGCCAAGAAAUUGCAUCGGAUCUCGUUUCGCUGUUCAUCAGACUAAACUUGGACUUAUAAAGAUGCUUCGCAACUACAGAAUUGAGCCUUGCGAGAAAACUCCAAUACCCUACGUAAACGACCCUAGAUCAUUCCUAUUAGCGCCAAAAGGCGGACUGCACCUGAAAAUAGUUAAACUUAAUCGACCUUAAGUUUUUCCUAAUUCUUCACAGAAAAUAUAAUACGUAAUAAAUAGUGCAGAAAAUUGAUCAUUUAAAACUGCAAUAAUACGAGUUAUUAUAUCGACUGCUAUAAUCCUCAUUAGUUUUAUGUUCUAUCAAGUCAUCUUAUAUAAAAUAGUUAAUAAUUUGAUAGGUUUUAAUAGAUAAAUGUUAAGUAUAUGUUAUUAUUAAGAUGUGUUAUAUAUAGAUCAUAUGCUUGUAAGCCUUAUCUUGGCGCAUGGGCACGAGAAUUGAAUGUUCUCAAAAACCGACCUAAAUAUCGUAUUUAGCGACCACAUAAUAUAUUUUUAAUAAAAUAUAUUAACUUACCCUAGAAUAAUUAUUAGAAACUUUAUAAUGUAAUUUUGUUGUAUUUAUUUUAAAUUUUACAACAAAUCAUAUACUUGCAAUUUGUAAGAAAACUGUAAAAAUUGUACCUACUCUCAUCAAAUAUAUGUAUAAACACUAA